AUGAAGAUCUACUUUUCUAUUGUUCUAUCUGCCGCCAUCUUUGCCAAUGUAGCAAAUGCCCAAUCCUUAUUUGAUUAUUCUGCUCCUGCCACUGGGUCUGCCAAGUGUGCCUUGAUCAACGUAAUCAUGGACGAAUCCGGUUCCAUGGGUGGCGAUCAAACAUUUCUCAAGAACGUGGCCCUCCCCAAAAUGGCCACAGAACUUCACAGUUCCAACCACAACUACUCCGAUGUCUUUGUCUGCAGUAGUGGAUUUGGCUAUUCCCGAACCAACAACGCCCAGGCCUACCGUCACCUUGGUUGUACCACCUAUAACUCAGCUGGUGUCAUUGCUAACUCUACCGCACUUGCGUGGUAUGCCAACGGGGCGAUCGAAGAUGGUUGGUACGCCAUGAAGCACGGCAUGCAAGAUGUUCCUUCUUCUAUUAAUGGAACAGACCUGCUUUCACACUGUGCCAGGGUUGACAAGAACCUCAUUCUGGUCACCGAUGAAGACCGCGACGAUGCUUACAGCAACGUUGACGCAACGAACAUUGCCAACUUGAUUGAUACCAACGGAUACAUCUUGAAUGUGAUCGCCAACUAUGGUAUCAAUAACAACAUCAACGACUUUGGCAUGAAUAUUGGGGGCGGUGGUUCCAACAGUACCAUUUUCCGCUUUGAUUCUUCCGCUCCUGACAACCACAUGACAUAUCAAGACUUUCGCCCAUAUGAAACCUAUGUCACUUCUUUCGGAGGAACUCAUCCCCACUACACCGAGCUCAUUGUCGACAAGCCGGGAGCUGCCUGGAACAUUAACAGUCUUCGUUCCGGUGGUCUGCGGGCUCAAACCUUUGCUGAUAUUUUUGUGGACAUUAAAGUCAAAGAGAUCUCCAAUGGAACUGGCGGGCCUUCAGGUGGCGGAGGCACCGUCCGUGUUGGUGGACCCGAAGCCGGUGGAGAUCCCCACAUCACUACCUGGAACCAUAAGGAACACUACGAGUACCAUGGACAGUGCGACCUUGUCAUGGUCAAGGAUCCCACCUUUGCCGAUGGUCUUGGACUUUAUGUGCACAUUCGCACCAAGAUUGUCCGAUACUGGUCAUACAUUCAAAGUGUGGCCAUUCGCAUUGAUGAUGACGUUCUUGAGAUUGAAGGAUCUGCGGAUGCCCAUGAUGAUCAGGCUCACUAUUGGAAGAACUUUGAAUACCAAGGCGACCUCGACACUUUUGCUGGUUUCCCAGUCACCCAAAAGCUUCCUUCCGUCUACAAGCGUACUUACACCAUUGACUUGAGUUCCAAGUUUCCUGGACAAGAAAUUACCAUUCAAUUGUACAAGGAGUUCGUCCGUGUCAAGCUCAAUGGCAACGAACAAGUCUUUGGGAACUCGGUUGGUCUACUUGGAGAUUACAAGACUGGAAAGACCCUUGCUCGUGAUGGCGUCACAGUCUUGGAUGACUUUACUGACUUGGGUGACGAGUGGCAAGUCUUGCCCAGUGAACCAACACUCUUUCACGAGAUUGCCCAUCCUCAAUUCCCCGAGCUCUGUUUGAAGCCCGAAGAUCCUCGUGGAGAGCGCAAGCGUCGUUUGGAAGAGUCCAGCAUCUCUGAGGAAGAUGCCGAGAAGGCAUGUGUCUCAUUGAAGGAUCCAUUGGCGAUCAAGGAUUGUGUCUAUGACGUGUUGGCAACCCAAGAUGUCGACAUGGUUGGUGCCUUUUAG